CUCCAGACAAUUCAAACAUUGAGAUUCCUGGGAACUCCCAGAUAGUAGCAUCAGUUCGCCAAGAAAUGAAGCUGGUGAGGCAGUGAAAAGCCAGGGCCUAGAAAGCUGGGAAUGCCAUGACGUGGGCACAUUGAAAGGCAAGAGGCACGCAUGAUCAGCCUUGAACUUUAGGAAGAUCCCAGGCAGCUGAUGAAAGACAAGAUGGGGAGUGAAUGUGAAGGUCCAGAAAUGUCCUUGGUGUGUUUGACAGACUUUCAGGCCCACACACGGGAGCAGCUGUCUAAGUCAACUUGGGAUUUUAUUGAAGGUGGAGCUGAUGACAGCAUCACGCGGGAUGACAACAUUGCAGCAUUCAAAAGAAUUCGCCUCCGUCCCCGGUACCUGAGAGAUGUGUCUGAGGUGGACACCAGAACCACAAUCCAAGGGGAGGAGAUCAGUGCCCCUAUUUGCAUCGCACCCACAGGGUUCCACUGCCUUGUCUGGCCUGAUGGGGAAAUGAGCACAGCAAGAGCUGCCCAAGCGGCUGGUAUCUGCUACAUCACCAGCACAUUUGCCAGCUGUAGCCUUGAAGACAUUGUCAUUGCAGCUCCCGAAGGCCUCCGAUGGUUCCAACUCUAUGUGCAUCCAGACCUGCAGCUGAACAAACAGUUGAUCCAGAGGGUAGAAUCCCUAGGUUUCAAAGCUUUGGUAAUAACUUUGGAUACACCUGUAUGUGGCAACAGGCGACAUGACAUUCGAAACCAGUUGAGGAGGAACUUAACACUAACAGAUCUUCAAUCACCUAAAAAGGGAAAUGCAAUACCUUAUUUCCAGAUGACUCCUAUCAGCACUUCUCUCUGCUGGAAUGAUCUCUCCUGGUUUCAGAGCAUAACUCGAUUGCCCAUCAUCCUUAAAGGGAUUUUGACAAAAGAGGAUGCAGAGUUAGCUGUGAAGCACAAUGUCCAGGGCAUCAUUGUUUCCAACCAUGGUGGGAGGCAGCUUGAUGAGGUUCUCGCUUCAAUUGAUGCUUUGACAGAAGUGGUGGCAGCUGUAAAGGGGAAAAUUGAAGUCUACCUGGAUGGCGGGGUCCGAACUGGCAAUGAUGUCCUGAAGGCUCUGGCCCUUGGAGCUAAGUGCAUUUUUCUUGGGAGACCAAUCCUAUGGGGCCUUGCCUGCAAGGGUGAACAUGGUGUUAAGGAAGUUUUGAACAUUUUAACAAAUGAGUUCCACACUUCCAUGGCCCUUACAGGCUGCCGGUCGGUCGCUGAGAUCAAUCGAAACUUGGUCCAGUUUUCCAGGCUGUAAGAAAAAACGGCCAAUAACCAGACUGCUGAGGUUGCCCACAGAAGGAUCACAAACUCACAGCACAGUGUGUGAUGCUGUCCUUCCUGGACCCCAUCCUAUCCGGAGGCUCAUGACCUGUAUUUCCCACAUUUCCGAUACCUCCACCCCUGUGCUUCAGGCCCUCCAAACCCCUGUGUUUCCCAAAUGUUCCAUGCCCUUCUUUGUAUCACUGACUAUUAUAUGUUGCUCUCUUGCCUAAAUCUUCCUCUGAAGUCAAAGACCUCAAAAGGACAGAUCAUUAAUGACUGGAACCACUAGUGGGUGAUAUUUUUUGCAUACUCCGUACAACUCUAUGAAAUGACUAUCUAACUUUGUACUCUGGACAGAGGAGCUGUAUAUACAAGGCAUUUUUCCAAUAAAAACAUAAUCCUAUCUAUAGAAAAUAGGGAAAUAGUUAAGGACAUAGACUUUGGAGCCACACAGACAUGGGUUUGACAGUCAGGACUACUGCUGGCAAGCUAUGUGACUUGGGCAAGUUUUCUGAUCUCUCAGUGUUUCUAAGUCCUGGUGUAUAAAAUGGGGAUUAUACUCCCUCAGCCAGUAGGUUGGGAAAAAGUUUGAGUAAGAUAAUGUAUUUGAAGUUCAGAACACAAUGCUUAGCACCUAGUAGGAGUUUAAGAAAUAGUAGUGUUUCAUACUUAAUGAGUAUAUAUAUAUACUCAUAUAUAUACUAUACUUAUUGUUUGGAAAAUUCCUAUUAACUUUUCAAGGUGUUGUUCAACUUUCAACUAUCACCGAACAUUAACCCAGGCUAUUUGCUCUGUCCUUCCUAUUGUACUUUGCACAUUCCAAUAUUACAACCCUUAUUACACCUGGUCAUAUUUCUUUAUUUGCAUGUCUUUCUCCACAAAUAGACUAUGAAUGGCUCCAGACAAGAAACUGUAUGCUUGAUUCUGGGCUUGGCAUAUAGGAACAUCUCAAUGAACAUUUCUGGGAUGGAUGGAUGUAUAGAGGGAUAAAGGGCAGUUGGGAAAUUUAUAAAUGACCUAUCAGAAUAAAACCUCCUGAGACCAGUA